AAUCCGGGAAGCAGAAUCCAGCCAUAUCUCUCCAACCCAAAAGGAAAGUUCAGGAUUGUUCCAUGGUAUUAACUGGCGGUCCGUACAAGAUGUUUGAUCAUUAUCUUGCUGUGCAGCCAUGGGAGCCUAGGUUUCAUCUAGCGCGUGCUAAAGCGCCCAAAACUGCCGUAUGGGUCAAAUUGUUUGGCGUUCCCAUUCUUUGCUUUUAUGAAGCCAUCUGUAUGUAUCUUGGCAGCAAGAUCGGGAAGCCGAUCAAGGUUGAUCCCACUACUCUUCUCGCCACGAGAGGUCAGUAUGCUCGUGUUUGUGUCGAAGUUGAUUUGAGCCAACCUUUGCCUUCCUCUAUGGAUCUUGAUCUUGAGAAUCUGCCUCAAUCCUUGAUAUUAGUUGAGUAUGAAGGUUUGCAUAAAAUAUGUUUUCAUUGUGGCGAAUUUGGUCAUAAAAUGGAAUUUUGUCACUUCAAGAAUCCGGGGAAGCCUUCACCAGUUAGUAACCCAAAUGCCAAAACCAUGGUUGAGUUGACUCAAUCUCUCAAACCUGACCCUGUGGAUAACAACACGGUUUUCGGUCCUUGGAUGGUGCAACAAAAAAAACAACGUCGUCGCUCUCAACCUCACCGUUCGGCCGAGCAGUUGACUGGAGGUGACGGUUCUUCUCAACCGUUAAACACAGGAAAUUCGAAUUCAGUGCCUUCAACCUCGGCUAAAGUUGUGGGCUUGGAUAGACGUGCAAAAUCAAGUGCACCCACUAAAUCACGCACUAACAGAUUUGAGGUUAUUGCGGAGAUUAUGGAGGAGGAUUCAAAUUUGCAUAUUUCUAAUAAAGGAAAGGAUACUAGCAUGGAGGGAUCUGCUCCGCAGGAUAUGACUCAACCAUUGAUUACCUCCCCUAUGGAUAUUACUUUAUUGCCAGAUCACACAGCUCCACAGGAUGUGGACGCCAAAGCCCGAGUAGGCCAGCCUGCACCUACUACCAUCAACUCUCCUGAGCUUGCCUUAGCUGUUGCUAAGCCUCCGCCGGCACCUUCGACUUCAUUUAUAAAGCCCAAGCUCAAGAACAACAAAAAAAAAGAAUAAACCUUUGGGCCCAAUUUCCAAAGUAGCUAAACCCCUUCACCCGAAGCCUUACAUUACAUCCUCAUUGCCAAAGAAACCCUCUGAUGCAAA